AUGAGGAAUGUAGAGCUAAGUAAGAAAUUGGCAGGCGAACUGCAAGUCAACACUCAAGGUGAAACAAAGAACAUAACAUACAAUUUAGGAAAUAUAAUCAUGGAUGGAGACACUACAACCAUAGCCCAUGUUCAUAAGGAAGUCGAUCCAAACAUUAGCAUAUGGUSUGAUAUUGGUCAUGCCAAAAAGGCACUGCAUAGUCAUCUGUUGAAAAUUGGAKCUAAGCAUAAGUCCUUGAGCAAAACCGUAACAGAAUACCUCACAAAAUGUUUUGGGUAUGUUCUGACUCAAAAUAAAGGCAACCCUCAAGGUAUAGCACAUGGCUGUAAGGUGAUUCCACAACAUGCAUUUGGAGAUCACAGUUCAUGUGGAACUUGGUGCCAAUACGUUUUUGAUAUCUUUGCUGGUUAUGCAGACAAACUUGCCCCCUUAGGUUCUACUCAAAGCAAUGAAGGAGUUAACAACAGCAUUACUGUCGUAGCCCCAAAUCGAAUCCACUUCAGUGGUUCAGAGAGUCUGGCAACCAGAGUGGGAUUAGCUGUUGCUACAAAAAACAAUGGCUAUGGAGUGAUCAGUCAGCUGAAUGAAGCAAACAACUUAUCUCCAGGAAGAAUUACGAUGAAUUUUAAUUCAGAAAGAGAUAGACAAUAUAGCAUGAGGAAGCACAGAGAAAGUACCAAGCAGUACAAGAAAAAUAGAAUYGUUAGAAGAAAACAAAGAAGUAUGAAUACAAAGGAGUCCGAAGUUCUGGAGGGUCCUACAUAUAAAAGCGGAGUUCAAUUUAGCACCAAAGAUCAAUUAGAUGAUUUGACAAAUAUCCCAAAUCCAGUGUUUGCUCCAAAUUAA